GUGCUGGAAACAAAAAAGCGAGAGGAAGAUGAACGUGCGCGCGACCUUGUCCUCGCCCGCCCUCCCAUCCCCCGUACGUCGUCCGGUUUGCGAAAUCGCUGUCAAAUAUUUAUCGUCAUGUCAUUGCUUAUCACAAAGCGCGGAGAUCGCGCGUUCACCGCACUCCUCGUGAACGCUGCUGCUUUGUCGAGGAGGGGAAUGUGUGUCGCGCGCGUGCCACCGUACAAUUGUUUUCCCGUCGCCACAAGCAAAUACGCGCUAUACGUUUCCGUUCAGUUGCAGCCUGAUGCGGCUGUAAGAUUCCACGCGAGCCGGCCGUCGCGAUCGUAGACGCAGCGAGUGCAAAAUCCGGACGGCUGUAAUUCACUGUCGACCGCAUAUCGUGUCAUGAUAUAGUAAUAGUCGCAGCCGCGGUCGACUAAGCUUUCUUUCUCCGACCGCGCAUUGUAGAGAUCGGUUGUCGAUCGACAGAACGGUGAAAAAGAGGCACGUCUCUACUCCGGAUUCCACUGACAGUGCAAACGUAAUCGAUUUUCUUAUUCGAAUGCAUAAUGCAAGGAUUGCGCGCUCAAUGCACACGUGAGAUGAUAGUCGGCUCGUAUAGCCGUACUUAGCGGCGUACGUGCGUUGCGUUUAUAAAUGCAUUGAUAAAUUCCACGCGUCAGGAUUGUUGAUGCUGUUUUGGUAUAAACUCUCGAUUAUUUCGCUCAUUAUGCCGCGAUGCGAUAAGACUCGGUAAAUAGUGCUGAUAUCCGGCGAAUGAAGGGAUUUCCAUCGGCACGAUCCAACGAUGGCCAGAUUUUAUUUAACGGCGAAUUUCAUUUCGCAGAAGUUCCUGGCCUUUAUAGGAAUAAGGAUGUCGAAGCGGCUGAGUUUCUAUGGUUUGGUAGGCCUGGCGUCCCUCUGCAUCUUCUUCUUCCUAGCGUUUAAUCAGCGCUACAGCAGCUACCUCGAGCAUCGUCUGCAGCCGGUGAUAUCGGAUGUUGAGAUAAGGCCACGGACUACCAAAAUCCAAGAACCAGUCACAGUAAGCCAGGCGUUCAUGACAGGAACUACAGAAAAUGCCACGAUUACCGAAAUUCAGGAUGUGGUUGAUCAGCAAAGGAGAGCGAUUAGAAGGGACAUGGAGAAUUAUGAAUACCCAAAUGGAAGAUACGGAGUAAAUGUGAGCAUUAAAAAUCAGGAAGAACAACUGUUACCUGUUUACCGUAGCAAGCUGGACGAUCUAGUGAUGGAGAAAGGCGGUAGACCCAUGAGAAGCGUAAUUCUAACGAGUUGGAGAAGCGGCAGUACGUUUCUCGGUGAUGUAGUGAACGCGCAUCCGGCCAACUUUUAUCAUUAUGAACCGUUGCUUGAUUACGGUAUUGUACAAAUCAGGGGGCCACCAUUCGCCGACGAAUCCUUGACGAGAAUUAUCUCGCUCAUGAACUGCGAAUACAAAGAGCUUGAUCGCUACCUGAAUUACGGGAAGACUCAUCCUUGGGUCUUCAAUCACAACACGCAUUUAUGGCGGCAGUGUCAAGCGCAUAAACGCAUCUGUUGGGAUCCGCGCUUCGUCUCCAAAUUUUGCCGACUCUUUCCAUUUCAAUCGAUGAAGCUUGUGCGAUUGAGGCUGCGUGCGGCAGAGAGGCUUUUAGCUGAAGAAGAAUUGGGUGUGCGGUUAGUUCUACUCGUCCGUGAUCCGAGAGGAAUUUUGCAAUCCAGAAAGCACAGAGAAUGGUGCCCGUCGAAACCCGACUGCUCCGAUCCGGCUCUGGUUUGCGCCGACAUGGUGUCGGAUUUUAGCGCGGCGAUAGAAUUCUCGAAGAAGUAUCCACAUUCUUUCAGAGUGGUGCGCUACGAGGAUCUAUCAGUGGACCCCUACAAGCACGUAAAAGAGCUUUACAAUUUUUACGGUCUGAACUUUCACACGAACGUGAAGAGGUUCCUGGACACGCACACGAAGAACGACGUGGGUGGUGUGUCGAGCACCUUCCGGAAUUCCAAAGUCGCGCCGUUCCACUGGCGGGCCGACUUGGACUUCGAGGAGGUCCGCGAGAUACAGAAGGUCUGCGCGACCGCCAUGCGACUAUGGGGAUACGUGAUGGCCUUAAAUUCCACACAUCAAAAAGACUUCGAUCCUAUCACGAAUUACCGGUUCCAGUUGUGACAACUGGCAGGUGACAUGCUCAAUGUAGAUAUGAUGUAUAGUGUAUCGGUAUAGCGGGUCGAAAGUGCCGUAAUUCAUAUAAAUAUUCAGCGGGAGGUGCUAGCGGUCACUCAGGAAGAUAGUGAUAACGAAAAUGAAUGUCGAUUCGAAUGUUGAGUUUUCGCGAAAGUAAUAAGACUUCUUUGUUCGAAAAAGAGACAGCUAAAAACAAAGUUUGCUCGUAAAUUUUUAAUCGUACAACGGAUACGAUUGUAUUGAUUAAAAAAAAUUAAGAUAACUUCCUGAGAGUCUGAUGUAUAAAAUAAUGUCUAACCAUAUCGAUGAAAACGUUGCAGAUGUGUCCGAAAUGUUUGUAAAUAUUCUGUGAAUCCUUCGAAGAGGUAUGUCGUGUCCAAUGUAUAAAUAACAGUUGUUAAUAUUGAUUAACAGUUUGUAAAGAAAUUGUAAAGAAAUAUGAUAAUUCUAUUGUAAUUA